AUUGAUCCUAGAGUACAGAAAUAGCAGGUGCAGCAUACGAAUGUCCGUGGUACAAGUGUUCAGUGCUGCUGCGUCGGGAUCUCCUGAUAGUCAUGGUGCGCACGCGCCGUGUACUUCGCCUCAGCGCUGGCGGGUUCACCACACUGUCGCUAGCGUCCUUUAUGGCUGUUUCAUCCUGGUCGCUCAAACCAGCACGAUGUUCCAAAUCUGGGGAGACCUGGCGCUGAUGACGAACGCCGCGUUCCUGCUGUUCACGAACCUGGCCUUCGCUCUCAAGAUCAUCAACGUCCUCGUGAGACGACGUGACAUCAAGAGCAUCAUUGAUGAGUCUAAUAUUGAACUCUCCACUGAGUAUAGGCAAAAGGGCAUACAAAUUGUUGAAAGCUGCAACCGCGAGACUACUCAGAGCAUGUAUCUGUACAUGUGGCUGUCUGGAGUCACCGUCCUAGGCUGGGUAGUCAGCGCUGAGAAGAACCAACUGCCUCUAAGAGCCUGGUAUCCGUAUGACACGUCCAAGUCUCCUGCCUACGAGAUUACUUACGCGAACCAGAGCACAGCGUUGUCGGUAGCCGCUACGACGAACAUCUGUUUGGAUACGCUGGUGACGUCACUGAUCGCUGUCUGUCGCUGUCGGCUUCGGCUGGUCGCUUUGUCACUAAGGACCCUGUGUGACGACAUACAAAUACCUGACAAGCAACUCAUGACACCAGAAUACGAGCAGAUAGUAUACAAACGACUGCAGCUGUGCGUGAUGAAGCACGAGGCUGCCCUGAGGACGGCCAGACAGAUCCAGCGCUGCUUCACGUACCCCAUACUGGCGCAGUUCACGGUCUCCGUCGUUAUCAUAUGCGUCACGGCUUAUCAGCUGGCUAUUGAAUUGAACAAUGGGAAGUGGGUUCGUAUAAUCUCCAUGGUGGCCUACCUGCUGUGCAUGAUGUUGCAAGUGUUCCUGUACUGCUAUCAAGGAAACCAGCUUACCGAAGAGAGUUCGGAGAUAGCGGAUGCAGCAUACGAGUGCCCGUGGUACUCGUGCUCGCUGCGCACGCGCAAGGCGCUGCUGAUCGUGAUGGUGCGCACGCGCCGCGCGCUCUGCCUCACCGCCGGCGGGUUCACCACGCUAUCGCUCGCCUGUUUCACUUCUAUUAUAAAAGCUUCGUACACCUUCUUCACGGUGCUGAAACAAGUCGAGGAUAGAAAUCCGAAGUGAAUGCUUCAAAUUUGAAAGCAAAUGGAAUAUUUAGCAAAUUGUAGAAAUUAGACAGCAUAAUUUAGUUUUAUUUUUUCUUUC